GGACUAGUCCUAUGACUUCUGACCUCCCUGCACGAGAGAAGGUGGUUUUCCGGGUUUGUGGAGCAGAAAUUUGUGUUUGCGGAGUUUUUGUUUGAGCCACUCUAGAUUAAACGGGCUGUUUAAGAACAUCUUAACCAUCGGGGUGACCAGCAGACUGGAGGACACGGGUUCGGGUCCCACGAGAUGUGAAGAUGUCUGCGGGACGGACGCCGUGGGCUCUGCUCGUCCUGCUCACCGCGGGGUUGUCUGAUGUUGUGCGGGGGUACCCCGAUGGUUCUCCCGGGAACUUCUGUAACCGCGUCCCGAGCGGGCACGGGGCGGCCAAACAUCGCGGAGACAACGGGUUUGCCAUUAAGGUAGAGGGACAGCCAGACAGCUACGUACCGGGGGAGGUCUAUACAGUGUUGAUCACCAGCACUAGCCCAGUGCAGUUCCGUGGGUUUAUGCUGGUGUCUACAGCUCAAGAAGAUGAAACCAAACCACUGGGGACCUUCCAGCUUGUUGAUCAAGAGGAGACCAAGAUGACAGGCGGCUGUCCGACGGCCGUCACGCACAAACGCAGUGGACUGAAACAGCGCGUGGAGUUCCUUUGGGUCGCGCCCGAGGAGGGGUCAGGCUGCGUCACCUUCAGGGCUACAGUAGUGCAGAGUCGACUCAUCUGGUUCAUGGAUGAUGGCGCGCUGGCACUGACUCUGUGUGAAGAAAAUGAUGUAGCAAUUAUGCCGAAGAUGGCCGAAAAGAAAGAAGUAGCGAACUGCACGGCCUGUGGAGCGGGAAAGUACCGCAUGACGUUCUAUGGACUGUGGUCACAGCAGACUCACCCAAAGGACUACCCCAAGUAUGGAACCCACUGGUCUGCUAUCAUUGGUGCAACCCACAGUAAGGACUAUACCAUUUGGGAAUAUGGGGGGUACUCCACAGAAGGAGUGAAGCAGGUCGCAGAAUGGGGCUCUCCAACCAAACUAGAACGUGAAAUGAAAGAACAGGGAAACAAGAUCAGGACAGUUGUGAAGACAGACCCCCAGUGGCCUGCGUACGAACCCAGGAACAUUAAGGCGCCGGUUUCCUCGGACUUCGGAGUGGACAGCGAACACCACCUGCUGUCGUUCCUCACCAUGCUGGGGCCGAGUCCCGACUGGAACGUGGGGCUCAGUAACUUCGACGUCUGCCAAGGGGACCAAUGGUUGGACAGGACAGAGAUGGACCUGUACCCUUGGGAUGCUGGGACAGAUUCUGGCAUCACUUACGAGUCGGCAAACUCUCCCACGAUUCCACGGGAGAAGAUCAGACCAAUCACAAGCCAGGACCCAAAGAACCCAGCGUCCCCUUGGUACAACACUCGAGGCAAAAGUUUCCCCCCAGUUGCAAGGAUCGUGAUCGAGCGCACAGGGAUCAUGGAUAAUGGCUGCCAUGGGAAAACAUCUAGAGAUGAUGAAGAGGAUAUCGACUUAUUCAGCGAGGAGAUCAGCUUGUCCAAAGCUGAGAAGAAGGAAAGGAAGAGAAACAAGGACAGGAAUCGUGGACGAGACAAAGGACGCGACCGUCACGGCCAUGACCAUGACCAUGAUGGCAGCCGCAAACUCACGAAAGGCGACCUAACUAUUUCCAUGGGAACCAUGGCAGUAAACUCGACGGCAGUGAAGAUCUGGUGGGCCCCGCCCUCCAACGUCCACUCGAGCAUCCUGGGAUACCUGGUGUAUUACCAGGAGGGGCAGAAGCUGCUGGGACCCAACGUUCUGGAGAUCCCAGAUGGAGAAACAACGCAAAUCGUGCUGGGUGGCCUGGAGCCUGAGUCCCCCUACACCAUCCGUGUGGUGGCCUACACCAUGGAGCAGUCUAACAUACAGUCUGAACCUGCUAUGGUCACUACACUGCCAGACACCAGCAUCGUGGAUGUGCCGUGCCUGUACAGCCCGUGGUCUGAGUGGUCCGACUGUAGCGUACAGUGCGGGAAAGGUGUGAGGAAGAGGAACCGCGUGCUGAAGUCUCUCCCCAGCCCCAUGUGCACAGACGAGCUGGAACAAACAGAACAGUGCAUGGGGCCCAGGCCAAGCUGUGAUGUGGAAGUGCUGGAGACACCCCCUGAGGACCUGACUGCCAUUCCAGUGGAAGGGCUGCCGGCAGUUGUGCAGCUCGCCUGGCAGCCGCCGGAGGAAGCGCAGGGAACCAUUAUGGACUACUUCGUGUUUUACAUCAAGGAGAAUUCCACAGACUGGAAGACUGUCCAGGUCCCAGGGGACCAGCUGACCUUGACCCUGACCGACCUUGUCCCAGGAAGGUCAUACUACUUCCGUGUCCAGGGUAGAAACGCCCUUGGUGUCGGGCCUGUGUCUGACCCCAUCAUAUACAACCCAAAACAAGCUGCUGAGCAGCAGAGGAAAAUGCAGUCUCCAGUCUGGGAACAAGACUUGUUCGGCAGAGAGGAGGACAGCAAGCAGACAGACAUGGUUGUCGUGGACCUGAACGCUGCGUACGAGUUUGAGGAUUAUGAGAUUGACGAAGGCCAGCCAGACCACAAACAGCAGGAAAACGAUGACAAAAAGAAAGCCAUAGACUGUAUGGUGUCUGAUUGGUCAGAGUGGGCCCUAUGCUCAAGGAGCUGUGGCAGAAAGGGAGGGGUUCAGCAGCGCACCAGGGAGACCAAACAGAAACCCAAACAUGGAGGCAAGUCGUGUCCCCCUCGCAAGGAGACACGGAGGUGCAAUGUCGGGAGGAAAUGUCCUAAGCACUGUAAGCUUGGGAAGUGGGAGGCGUGGUCGGAGUGUACGGUCACGUGUGGGGAGGGGAUACAGAUGAGGACGCGCCCCGUGUUCAGGGAGCCGAAGUUUGGCGGGCGCGAAUGCAGCUCCACGCUCCAGAAAAGGGUGUGUCUCAGAGAGGAGUGCUAGACACAUGCAACAAAUAGGCAGGUGACCACCACUAAGUCACAGAAUGCUGUACAAGUGCAAGUUUUUUCCACGGCUGUAAAUAUUUGUGGUUGGUUGCCAAUAACCUCUCCAGAACCACUCCAUGUGACGCAGGGCGUUAAGUCAUAUUCUGUGCAACUUGUUGCAAAGUGCAAAACAUAUUGUUUUUAUAUCAUAUAUUAUUAACAUGCAUUUAAACAGGUUCAUAUCAUGUGAGUCAUUAACUCCAUUGUUGCACACCAAUGAUAUGACUAUUAAAGUUAGUUAUUAUAUAACUCAUUAACUUAUCAUGGUUCACCUUAAAUGUAUUCAAUGUAUUAAGGAUUUACUCUUUAUAGAAAAGUGGAGUAUUUGUCAUUGAUGUGUGAUGUGUAUUUAUAGGGUAUCAAGUAUUUUAUUUGAUAUGCUAACAUGCAAAACUUUUAUGUAUCGAAGUGGAUAUUUGUAACCAGACUCUUGAUGCCUAAAAGCAAACACUGUAUAGAAUGUCUUAAAGUUUAUAUCAUGUGAUUCACACUACUAGUAGGUGAAUGAAAAACAUCUACAAUAGACACAAUACAAAUUGUUGUAUUAUAUGAUGGUAGAAGUAGAAACUAUCACGCCACUUUAAAUACCGUGUAGAAAUUCAAUGUAGUACUACAUGAUUGUGUAGUACAAAAAGUACAUUUUGUAACAUUCUGUUACAAUGGGGAACCAAAUACCAACACAUACAUUGUAGUACAUAAUCGUGCAAUCUUUCAAUCUGAAAACAAAGCAAGAAAGUUGACCAGAAUAUGCAAUAUUAUAACUUCAUUCCUUCCUGUACACUAUUCUUGGGGGAGGGGUGUCAAAACAAUUCACCAGGUCCCAUUUCAGUAAUCAACCAUACUGCCCCAUUGCCAGAAUGUUAUGAAACAAAACAGACAUCAUCGUACUAUACAACAAUGUGAAAAGAUGCACUGAGUUUAUAUGUAACUGGCUUAUCUACCUAACUAGUCUUGUAUAUUGACACAUUGGCAUUAGAGAUAGAUUUUUAACACUCAGGAGAAAAAAAUGUAGGUCUAGAAUUCCCUGAUAUUGUGACUGUUCUGUGAUUGUGCAACAAGUAUGUCAUGCAUGUAUCAGUAUUACAAAGAGAUGUAUAUUUUCUUUGCAGUAAAGUAUUUAGAUUAUUUGCUACUUGUAACAAAACUAUGUGUUCUUAGAUCGAUUUUUAUGUAUGUUUGGGGGAUGUCAAUAUUUUCAUGAGAUCAAUUUUAAUACAUGGUAUAAUUGUAUUGUGAAGCUAGAGCACAGUGAUGUAACCUAUGUGAUGAUGUUGGGUUAAUGCAAGUUGGAAAAUGAGAGAAAAUGGUGUAAACAAUUUUGUGAGAGUUAAGAUUCUGUGUUGUAUAUGAUGAAUUUGAUAAAAGAUCAUACUAAAAGGUAGAACAAACAUUAAGCAAAAAUGUUUCCUAAACAGAUAAUUUAACCCAUACAUUGUUUACAGAUUUCAAUGAUACACAAAGGAUAAUAAAUAAUUAUAAAUUUCUCUCAAAAUUGGUGAAGAGUUGGCCGAUUUCAUUGCCUAUAGUAAAACAAAGCUUAUUACCAGUAUGAGCUGCUCAUCAUAGAUUUCAAAUGACCAACGUGUCCUUUAAAAAGGUAUACUAUCAAGAAAAUGCAGGAGAAUGAUGCAGUAAUCCCUUUCUAGAAACUGAUGACAGAAAUGGAAAACUUUUGUGCUCUCAGCAUUCCACACCUUUCAGAUACAGGUAAUAAUACUGAAAGGAAUAACUCAUGAUUAUCAAACUAAGUUUCUUUGCACACAACUGACAGACAUGUACUUACCAAGUUUUUGCUGGUCCUUCUACUAACAUUACCUUCCUCUGUGCAAUAUCGACUGGUUCUACUUGACUGUAUUUUCUUAGUCAGUACUGCCCAGAUAGAGGCAGGUACCAGAGGAACUACUUAAACAAUUCGGGAGGGCAAUAUCUCUUAGAUGUGUGCAAAGAACUUUGUCUAUCAUUGAUUUAACAACCUCUGAUAUAUUCUAAGAUGGCUCUUCCUCAUGUUUGAGGAUGUAUAUUCAAGGACAACUUCUUUUUAUAAGAAAGUUUACUUAAGAGAUUAACUACUUGAGUCAGUACUUACAAAAAUAGGGAACCUCACCUCACUAACAUAUCUGUAUUUUGUGAAUAAAUUAUGAUUAUCACCAACA